CAGCCCAGCCAACAGGCCCCGCCACUCCUCGGAAGCCUAGGGGGCGCCUCGGGCCGGGUCUCCCGGGGCCCGAAAACACUGGAACAGAAUGACGGAGAUGACGAAAGAGCUGACGCCACGCCGCCUGCCCGGCCGCGGCCACCGUUAGCGCCCGCGUAGGUCGCCUAGGCACUCGCUGUCGCGGAUCCAGCGGGGCGCGCUCCGUUCAGCGCCGUCCCGCCCCUCGGCCCUGUGCGCCCGGCCUCCCACCGCGCGCACCUAUUGCCUCCCGCACCCGCCCCUCCUCGUCUCCGCCCAGCCAGCCCAGGCCUCUGGCGAACAUGGCGCUUGUACCCUGUCAGGUGCUGCGGGUGGCGAUACUGCUGUCCUACUGCUCCAUCCUGUGCAACUACAAGGCCAUCGAAAUGCCCUCGCAUCAGACCUACGGAGGGAGCUGGAAAUUCCUGACGUUCAUAGAUCUGGUGAUCCAGGCUGUCUUUUUUGGCAUCUGUGUGCUGACUGAUCUUUCUAGUCUUCUGACUAGAGGAAGUGGGAACCAAGAACAAGAGAGACAGCUCAGGAAGCUCAUCUCUCUUCGGGACUGGAUGUUAGCUGUGUUGGCCUUUCCUGUCGGGGUUUUCGUUGUAGCUGUGUUCUGGAUCAUUUAUGCCUAUGACAGAGAGAUGAUUUACCCGAAGUUACUUGAUAAUUUUAUCCCAGGGUGGCUGAACCACGGAAUGCACACCACAGUUUUGCCCUUUAUAUUGAUCGAGAUGAGGACAUCGCACCACGCGUAUCCCAGCAGGAGCAGCGGACUCACCGCCAUAUGUACCUUCUCUGUUGGCUAUAUAUUAUGGGUGUGCUGGAUACAUCACGUAACUGGGAUGUGGGUGUACCCGUUCCUGGAACACAUUGGCCCAGGAGCCAGAAUCAUCUUCUUUGGGUUUACGACCCUCUUAAUGAACUUUUUGUACCUGCUGGGAGAAGUGCUGAACAGCUAUAUCUGGGAUACACAGAAAAGUAUGGAAGAAGAGAAAGAGAAGCCUAAACUGGAAUGAGAUCGAAGUCUACACUAAAGAGCUGAGUCGACCCACCAUCAUAGACUCAUUCCCCCUGGGCGCCGGCAGUGCAGCAGAGGAAGCCUCAGCGUCCUGCUCGGAAUUCGCCUCCACCUCCUGGCCCCAGAGGGAGGGCACCUUUUACCGAGAAACACAGUCUACCAGAAUAGAAUCCAGUUGUUUCCAAAAUAACUCCCCCUCGUCGUUUGUUAAAGGACUCUUUCCAAGCUCAUGAUGGAUGAUAACAUUUUUUUUUCCUCUCCUGGUUUUUAAAACUGAAAUGGGUCAUUGGAUUUUAAUGUGCACAAUGUGAUACCAUAAAGAAUAAAAUUCUAUUGUGUUUCUUGUUGAGAAA